AUGUUUUUUCUCACAAUUCUGCUGUUUUCCUACCUUCAAAUGUCUCAGCAGAUUCAGAAAACUACUGCAAAUGACAAAGAGGUGCUGUCCAAUCCCAGGCUUAUACCUGUUCAGGGGACUUUGAAUGUAGUGAUGAACCAGAACGUGAGCCUCUCCUGCCACUCAGAUUCUGGAUCUCCACCUGUCAGAUACACAUUGUUUAAACACAAUCAGAAGGUAUCCACUUUAAAUAGGCCAGACUUGGCCCCUGGUUUGUUUAACUUGACUAUCAACUCUGCCAGUGACGUGGGUGAAUACAAAUGCAAAGCUGAGACUAACAUCUCCAGUGGCGGAAAAUACAGCAACAGUCUCAACUUCACCCUUAAAGAGCCAAUUUCCAAACCAGUGCUGAGCUCACCCACCUCUCAAGCAAAGAAAGGCCAGAAUGUGACCCUGUCUUGUCUCUCAGAGAACGGCUCUCUUCCUAUCACAUAUGUAUUCUUCAAAGGAAGACAAAGCAUCUCUCCCCCAGUGACGAUGCAGAAAAGGGCAGCAGCUGUGAUUUUUCUGUUUAUCAGUUCCUCUAGUGACUUUGGAACCUACAAAUGCAGAGCUGAAAAUAGCUGUUGCAAUAUUACAAAAUACAGCAAUAGUUUCAACUUUACAUUAGCAGGAGAGAGAAGCCAUUCUCGACCCUUGAUCAUUGCUCUUGUGCUGAUCUUGCUACUAUUCAUAACAGGAUUUGCUCUGGCGAUUCCAUUUUUCAUAAUUCCUUCAUAUAAAGCAAAAAAAUUUAAGUGUACUAGGUCCUCAACUGGCUGUACUUCAACAGUGAAUGCAGAAGACUCUGAAAACUACGUCAUAUACACAGAGAUUGAGCCUGUUAAACCAGAAGAAGAAUAUGUCAACUUUUCUGUUAUUAGACGAGAAGAUGAAAAAGGUGAAAACCUCACGCUGUAA